GUAUGGGGUGCCUAGGGGUAGCUAUGGGGCAUCUGGAGUUAAAUGUGGGGCUCCUAAGGGAGACUGAGUGGGUAUGUGGAGUUUGGGUUAAGUAGGGGGGCAGAGGUCACUGUAGGGCAGCAGGAGGAUCUUGGGUUGGUAUGGGGAGUGGGAUUCAGUGGGGUAGGUAUGGGGCAGCUGUGUGCCACGAGUUAAGUGUGGGGCAGGAGGGGCUGAGGGUUGCUGUGAUGCAGCUGGGGGGGGCUAAGUUAAGUGUGGGGUUGGGGCAUGGGGGAUAUGUGGGGUGGAGGAUGUGGGCGGAGUCCUGGGGUCGAGGAAACCACGAAUGGUGUGGGGCCAUGGAUGCUGGUUGGGGGGGGCCAGCAGGGAGGCUCCAGAGAUAGGAUUAGGGGGGUUGGGGCAACUGUGGGACUGGGGGUCUUGGGGCAGCUGGGUGGCUCCAGUGGUAACGUAGGGCUCAGGAAUGAGAGCUGGUGGGAAGGGCCCCCUGGGAGGGGGCGGGAUGUGCAGAUAUAGCAUAGGGAUGGGAGCAGGGGAUGCCGGCGGGGCUGGAGCUGCCGUGUCCCCCCCCCACCAGGAAGCCUGACAUCCCGGUGCCAUACCUGUACGUGGACAUGGGGGUGGCUGUGCUGUGUGCCAGCUUCAUGUCCUUCGGGGUGAAGCGCCGCUGGUUCGCCCUGGGGGCCGCCCUGCAGCUCGCUGUGGCCACGUACGCCUCACACGUCGGCGGCCAGGUGCACUACGGCGACUGGCUGAAGGUGCGGAUGUACUCCCGGACCAUCGCCAUCAUCGGCGGUUUCCUCAUCCUGGCCAGCGGUGCAGGCGAGCUGUACCGGCAGAAGCCACGCAGCCGCUCGCUGCAGUCCACAGGCCAGGUCUUCCUGGGCAUCUACCUCAUCUGCCAGGCCUACUCGCUGCAGCACAGCAAGGAGGACCGCCUGGCUUACCUGAACCACAUCCUGGGUGGCGAACUCACCCUGCAGCUCCUCUUCGUGCUCUACGGCCUCCUGGCUUUGGCCUUCCUCUCUGGUUACUACGUGCGGGUGGCAGCGCAGGUCCUGGCCGUGCUGCUGCCUCUCGCCAUCCUCCUCAUCGAUGGCAACAUUGGUUACUGGCACGAGGCACGCCGCGUUGAGUUCUGGAACCAGAUGAAGCUCAUCGGGCAGAACGUGGGCAUCUUCGGUGCCGUCGUCAUCCUGGCCACCGACGGCUGAGCAGGACUGGGGAUGGUGCAGACAACGGCUUGUUUUGGGUUAUUUUAUUUGAAGGAUUGCUAUUUAUUAUGAUUUUUUUUUUUAAUAUGUAAAUAUUUGAUAAUAGGA